AAGAGAGGAAUUGAACUUCUUCACACAGCCCUGGUUAUCGGAGGAGACGCUCCUCUCUGUAUUAGCGCUUUCUUUCUCGUCAAUAUCUCCACUUUUCUGCUACUUUCUACUGUAUCCAAAACAGCCAGAAGAAAAGGAAAGAAAAUGUUUGAGUUGAGGGCUGAUGCUUGCACUUUUGACAGGAGAAACAAUUGAGCAGACGUGAACUGAGGGCCAACGCUGCUUCUGGCAUGGCAGUCCAUGAUGACUGCAAAUUGAAGUUCUUGGAGCUCAAGGCGAAAAGAACUUACAGGUAUAUAGUUUUCAAGAUUGAGGAGAAGCAAAAGCAAGUCAUUGUGGAGAAGCUUGGUGAACCCACCCAAAGCUAUGAGGAUUUUGCUGCAAGCCUUCCUGCAGAUGAGUGCCGAUAUGCUGUUUAUGACUUUGAUUUUGUCACAGCAGAGAAUUGCCAAAAGAGCAGAAUUUUCUUCAUAGCAUGGUCUCCUGAUACAUCAAGGGUGAGAAGCAAGAUGAUUUAUGCUAGCUCCAAAGACAGAUUUAAGAGAGAACUUGAUGGAAUUCAGGUAGAAUUGCAGGCAACUGAUCCAACUGAGAUGGGACUUGAUGUCUUUAGAAGCCGUGCCAACUGAAUCUGAACUAUAGGCCUUUGAGUGAGGACCUUCUCCAUUCAGUUUUCUUUACUGGAGUGAAAUGUUUAUAGUUUGUGGGAUGGUGAAGCAGGACAAUUGUGAGAUUGUUUCUGAGGUUUUCUAUGAAGUCUUUUUAUUCAUAUGGAGCAUGAAUCUAUGGUUUCUGUUAUAUCUUUGUGGAUUUGUUAUUUGUAGAACCCAUGUGUGUCUUCUUGUAGUCUUAUGUCUACAAGCUAAUAUGCAACUGUUUGCAAGGGGUUAGACAACACAUUUAGUUCAUCUUCAAGUUAAGGUAUUUGACCUCUGGUCAUAUGAUGCUAAUUGGCAUGCUUUUAUUA